CUCUCUCUCUCCCUCUCUCCAGCGUGGCACACAUUUUGAAGAAGAGUGGACGAGUGGUCCGCCUAUAUCGGUCGAGAGUCUGAUUUCUUUGACGAAAUAUACACAGCGAGGACUCUUAUGCAACUCGCCUGAGGAUUCGCGGAGUAAAUUUUAGCGAAAUAUCGUGGGAUUUUGGUACAUUUCUCGCCGGGCCCGGACACAGCUCGACACCCAUAGAGAGACUCAACUCAGGUCCUCUUCGUCCUGACAUGGACACAGGAAUUGUACCCGAAAAGAAAAGGGUUAGUUCGGAGCGGAGGAAGGAGAAAUCAAGGGAUGCAGCACGAUGCCGGCGUGGGAAGGAGUCGGAGGUGUUCUACGAGCUGGCCCAGCAGCUGCCUCUUGCCCACAGCGUCACCUCCAGCCUGGACAAGGCCUCCAUCAUGAGGCUCACCAUCAGUUACCUGCGCAUGAGGAAGCUGCUCUGCACUGAUGAGCCAAUGGCAGACGAGGAAACGGAGCUUGAUAUCCAGCUAAACAGCUCCUACCUAAAAGCUCUGGAAGGCUUUCUCAUGGUGCUGUCUGAAGACGGAGAUAUGAUCUAUCUCUCCGAGAAUGUCAACAAGUGCCUUGGGCUGGCACAGUUUGACCUGACUGGACACAGUGUGUUUGACUUCACACAUCCCUGUGAUCAGGAGGAGCUGAGGGAGAUGCUGAUCCACAGAACAGGCGCCAAGAAAGCCAAGGAGCCAAGUACAGAGCGCAGCUUCUUCCUCAGAAUGAAGUGCACUCUCACAAGCAGGGGCCGCACUGUCAACGUCAAGUCAGCUACAUGGAAGGUGCUUCACUGCUCAGGUCAUGUGCGUAUACAUGACAACCAGCCUGAGGAGACUACCAACGGCCACAAGGAGCCAUCUGUUCCUUACCUGGUUUUGAUCUGUGACCCCAUCCCACACCCCUCCAACAUCGAGGUCCCCCUGGACACCAAAACCUUCCUCAGCCGUCACACAAUGGACAUGAAAUUCACAUAUUGUGAUGAGAGGAUCACUGAGCUCAUGGGCUACGAUCCAGAGGAUCUGCUGAAUCGCUCUGUCUAUGAGUACUAUCACGCUCUGGACUCAGACCAUCUUACCAAGACUCACCACAACCUCUUUGCAAAAGGCCAGGUCAGCACAGGCCAGUACCGUAUGUUGGCCAAAAGAGGAGGAUUUGUGUGGGUGGAAACGCAGGCCACUGUCAUCUACAACAACAAGAACUCACAGCCACAGUGUGUUGUUUGUGUCAACUUUGUGCUCAGUGGCAUCCAGGAGGAGAAACUGAUCCUGUCUCUGGAGCAGACUGAAGAUGUGAAGCCAGGGAAGGAGGAACAGCAGGAGGCGGACAAGCCUGAGGUUGAGAGCAGCCAACCUGUCCUUUCUCCAGUGAAGAAGGAGGAGGAGGAAGAGGACAAGUGUGCAGAGCUGGAUGUGAUCAAACUCUUUACCCAGGUGUUAAAGAAACAGCCGGAUAGCCUGUAUGACAAGCUGAAGGCGGAGCCAGAGGCCCUCACGCUGCUGGCCCCAGCUGCUGGAGACACAAUCAUCUCUCUGGACUUGAGCAGCCCUGAUACAGAGAUCCCGCUGUUGAAAGAAGUCCCUCUCUACAAUGACGUAAUGCUUCCCCCUUCGAGUGACAAGCUGAUGCUGCCUCUUUCUCCUCUGCCUCCCAGCGAGCCUCUCCACGUCACCAGCACCACCUCUGAGGACGCAAAAACUGAGAGCUUUGCUCCAGCUCCGUCCACUUCACCGACCAGCAGCAGCCCCUCUGAGGCUCAGUUGGACUUCUGCUUCCCCAUGGAUUCAGAUAUGAAUUCAGAUUUCAAACUAGACAUGGUGGAGAAGCUGUUUGCCAUUGAUACAGAGCCCAAAACCCCCUUCAACACCCAGGCGAUGGAGGAUCUGGAUCUGGAGAUGUUGGCCCCCUACAUCCCCAUGGAUGAUGAUUUCCAGCUGCGCAGUUUGUCCCCAGAUGAGCCUCUAUCUUGUGGACCAGUCAAAUCCAUUGAGAGUUCUCCAGUUCACGUCACGCAGGACGUCCACAGCUACCCCAGCUCCCCCUUCAGUGCACCAGGCAGUCGCACAGCUUCCCCAGCGCCGCCUGAGCCUGUAAAUGCACCUCAUCUUGCCUCAAUCAUUGCAAAGAGGAACCCACAGUUGGACAAAGACAUCUCACUCAGGACGCUGGCAGCUCAGAACGCACAGCGCAAAAGAAAACUGGGGGAACUAAAGGACAUUAUGGGACCGGGAGCGUUGCCCCAGGAGCAGCUUGAGAAAAAGAUGAAGGCGUCAGAGUCAGGAACAACCAAGACCAUACUUCUACUGCCUUCAGAUUUGGCGAGUCGUCUGCUCGGCAGCACUUCAGAGGGCACCAGCUCCCUCUUCACCCUGCCACAGCUCACCCGCUACGACUGCGAGGUGAACGCCCCCUUACAGGGUCGUCAGUACUUGCUGCAGGGCGAGGAGCUGCUGCGUGCUCUGGACCAUGUCAACUGAGUCAAUGCUUAGCCUGCUCACUGCUGGACUAGACUGGACACUACAAUUUGUCCCUCACAUUGUCACUCCCUCUCCACGAAGCCCCGCCCCCCCAACUUCCCCUUAUUUAUGUAUCUGUAUGAGUCUGAUUAUAGUUUGGCUGCUGUUUGUGCACAUCAUGUGAUUUUUGCAGCAUUCCACCGUGACAAACACCAUAGCAGCAUCCGAGUUUUGGUGCAAGGGAUUCAGGCAUCGUGAGAUGUCAAGUUAUUGUAUUUUGUCUCUCUUUUUCUUUCUCUCUGUCUUUCGGGGAGUUUCUCAGCACACAGCGCCUCGACAGAUGACCCUUUUCCAGCCGGUCACCACAGAACCUGGCUCUACUGCCAGCAGUGUAUUGUAAGCUUCAGUCGCACAAUUUAUAUUUUCUUAAAGAAAAAUAUUACCAGCAAUAUAUAUUAAGCCUUUUUAAAGUAGUUUUAAUGGGAUUUGAACAAUUUUAUUUUUUCCUCCCAUACUUGUAUGUUGUAGUACUCGUACCUAACAAGAUGUCUUUAGUCCAGAAGUAUGAACAUAUUGUUUAAACCUGAAGUGGUUUGAAUGUUAUCUCAAUUUAAUAGGUAUCGGUCUUUGAGGUAAAUACAUUUAAUUGUGUAGCAGUGCAGUACAUGUCACUUUAUUACUUUACUGUAAGUGUGUGUGUGUUACUGUACAUAUACCAGGGAAAUUUUAAUUUACUCAGUAUAGCUCUCAGCGGAAUUUGAGAGGAACCUUCUUUUUUUUUUUUUUUUUUUUUACUUGUCAUCAUGCAGAUUUUUCUCUUACAUGAAAUGAAUUCAUGUUUUUGGUCUUUACUGUACACAACAUACUCGAAGAGUCAGUUUAAAUAAGUGGGAUCUCAUCGAAUCAUACCUUACUUGUGUAAUCAUUGCCAGAGUAACAUUUGUGACUUGUCAAACUUCUUUGCUCACUUAAUGGUAGUCAGUUUAAUACCAUUGAUCCUUGCCAUAGUGUUGGGUCUGUCAUGCUUCUUUUUUUGCUGUCUUGACAUUAAAUGGCUUUAACAAAGUG